AUGUCCAACUCCAAUGCCAACGCUUCUUCCUCUUCGACUUCAACAUCGACCGAACCGAUUAUUGGUCCGCCCAACCCUCAGAACCCCCCUCUUCUCCCCUGGGCCUUCUCUGACUGUCCGCUCGAUAUCCUGGUGGACCUCCUCACCCACAUGCUGGAAUUGCUCAUCAAGCAUAACGAUCAGGUCAUACUCACGCCCGAAGCCCUUACUAGAUUUCACUCGAGAGCUGCACCGGGGAUUAGCGUCAAGGAUUACUUGGGGAGAAUAGUGAAAUAUACGAAUCUGGAGAAAAUUCCACUACUAUCCCUCCUAGCUUAUAUCGACACAACCUGUACCAACCUCCCUUCAUUCACCUUAUCAUCCUUGACCGUCCACCGAUUCCUCAUUGCGUCCAUAUGUGCGGGGUCAAAAGCUCAAUGUGAUGUCUUCUGCACCAAUGCCCAUUAUGCUAAAGUCGGAGGUAUAAAGACGCAGGAGUUGAAUGCGCUGGAGAGGGAGUUGUUGAGGGUCACCAAAUGGGAUUUAUGUUGCCAUGCUGAACAACUACAGAAAUACUAUACAUCGCUGAUACGCUCUCACGGCGGAUACGCUCAAUCACCUCAACCCGCCAAUCCACCAUUCUUACCUUUCCCCAGAUCACGUUCCAAACCGCGUGCGUCAACGGCUCCGUCGCCUCCGCCUGAAGGCGACGCUCCAGCUGUACCAGGGCAGGAUGGUGAACCAGAACCACCAGAUGAAGACGACGCAAUGGGUGAAGGCGACGACGACGAAGAUAUGUCGGAGGAGGAUGAAACAAGUAUGGUGAUUGAUUCUCCGUCGAGGGGUAGGAAGAGGAUAAAAAAGACUAGCGGCAAUAUUGGGGUGAUGGACAUUGAUACUUCACCUACCACGGCACAGCUGCAGGAGAUCCCUAUUGGACAUGAUGUAUCAAAUACACCGAUGCACUCCCCUUUAUCGACCGCUUCGACAGGUUCUUCCUCUGUCCCUUCAUCAUCCAGAUCAUCGAUCCACAGGAAUACACCAGGGAGCGGGAGUUUGAAAGGCAAAAGAUCAAGAUUAGUAUCAAUAAGCGAAUCGAAAAUUGCUGAACCGAAGAUUGAUACUACUCCAGCUAUAGCUGAUCCUUCACCAACCUCUUCAACAAAAAUACAUGCACCACCAAUUCUCAACGAUCAAUCUAGAUCUCAACCCAAACCACCAGCUCCUAUACCUACACCUACACGCAAAUCAACUUCAGGGAUACUCACCAGUUCAACAGGUAUUUCCUCCGAUCCUAAAUCCCAAUCGCAGUCUCAUUCACACUCGCAUUCAAGUGGGAAAUUACUGAAAUCGUUAGUAGGAGGUAUAUUCAGGAGAAAAUCUUUACCUGGAGAUGGUAAUGAUUCAUUGGCUAUUUCACCUUCUUCAACAAACAAUGGGAAUGGGUCUUUAGCAAGUUCUUUAGGUGCGGAUGUCAAUGGGAAGAAUAAAUCUAACCAAUCUACCUCUACUUCUCACUCAACAUCUGGAUCUCGAUCUGGAUAUAACGUGAUCCCUUCCAAACCUAUACAUUCACCUACAUCUACUGGCAAAUCAGGUAUAACAGCUUCACGUCCCGCGUCCUCUUCCAGCACGACUUCACCUAGGAUAUACUCAUCUACCUCGGCUACAGGGGAUAAAUCGCCUAAACCUGGAUUAGCUAAACCUGUAACUCCAAAGGUACGUACGAGGGAUGAAACUUCUCUAGAUCCCAGAGAGAGGGUUGCUCUAGGUGCUCCGAUGGGUAUGGGUAUGGGUAUCGCGGUGGAUGAAUUGGAAGGGAAAAGAAGUAGGAUACCAUGA